UUGUGAAGCAUUUAAAAGCAGAAGACUUCCUUCUCAGCAGUUUCACCCACAACAAGUGGCACGUUGGAUAAACCUGUUUUAGAAUAUUCUGGUUUCAUCUUUGGCUUUGCAAUCAUGGAAAUCAUUGGAGUUUCACGAAAUCUUCUGGUGUUCAUAUCGGUUCUGUCUCUGGCCAGUGCAACAACAACAAUAGCAGCACCAACAACCACAACAGCAACACCAACAACCACAUAUUCACCAACAACAACAACAACAACAACAACAACAACAACAACACCAACAACAACAAUAACAACACGAUCAUCAUCAACAACAGCACCCUUCACGGCAACUACAACUCCAACUACUACAACUGGCAUUCAAUGGCCAGCGAUUUUCUAUCCAUUUGGCUCUCUGGUCGGAGACGUUCAAACUCUUACUACUAAUAUUUUUGAUGACAGCUACGCUACAGCUUCCCUAACCAGUCCGUUUGUAUAUUUUGGGCGCACAUACAGCACAAUAUAUGUCAACAAUAAUGGACUCCUUUCAUUCAACCAAGCAAUCCCAGAAUCAAAUCCUUACACUUUUCCUUCUGGAGGUGAAGAUUUAAUUGCUCCUCUCUGGACUGAACUGGAUGACUAUGGACUUGGUGCAUACUACUAUCAGGAGUACACAUCUGGAAAUGUCCUCACACGAGCCACAGAAGAUAUCAAACGCUAUUACCCUGGUGUGAGCUUCAGCGCCACUUGGGUCUUUGUAGCAACUUGGGACUUUGUUAACACUUGGGAUCAAAACACGUUUUUACAGCAUUCAGCCCCAUCAAUCUCGUUUCAAGCGGUUUUAAUUUCGGAUGGUGUCUCCUCCUUUAUUCUGAUGAACUAUGGUGACAUGAGUACGAUAGUUUAUCAAACAGAGGCUGGAUAUGACACAGUUGGCUCCACGCAUUACUUUGUCAUUCCUGAGUCGAAUGACAACAACCUCAUCCCAAACCUCAAGUCCUCAAGUAAUGUAAACACUCCAGGCCGUUGGGUUUUCUCUGCAAAUCAAGGCAUUGUACAGUUUUCAGACAUUUUUUAUCCAGUUGGUUUGCCGUUUGGAGACGUUCAAACUCUUACUACUAAUAUUUAUGAUGACAGCUAUGCUACAGCUUCCCUAACCAGUCCGUUUGUAUAUUUUGGGCGCACGUACAACACAAUAUAUGUAAACAAUAAUGGACUCCUUUCAUUCAACCAAGCGAUCCCAGAAGCACAUCCUUACAUUUUUCCUUCUGGAGGUGAAGAUUUAAUUGCUCCUCUCUGGACUGAACUGGAUGACUAUGGACUUGGUGCAUACUACUAUCAGGAGUACACAUCUGGAAAUGUCCUCACACGAGCCACAGAAGAUAUCAGACGCUAUUACCCUGGGCUGAGCUUCAGCGCCACUUGGGUCUUUGUAGCAACUUGGGACUAUGUUGAAACUUGGGAUUCAAACACAUUUUCACAGCAUUCAGCCCAAUCAAUUUCGUUUCAAGCGGUUUUAAUUUCGGAUGGUGUCUCCUCCUUUAUUCUGAUGAACUAUGGUGACAUGAGUACGAUAGUUUAUCCAACAGAGGCUGGAUUUGACACAGUUGGCUCCUCACAUUAUUAUGUCAUUCCUUUGUCAAACGAUCCCAACCUCAUCCCCAACCUCAAGUCCACAAGUAAUGUAAACACUCCAGGCCGUUGGGCUUUUCUUCUAAAUAGAGAAAAUGUGGUAGGGCUUCAAAUGAAAGUCACUUCAUUUCUAGACCUAACAGACAGUGGGAACCUUGCGUUUGUUAUGCAGAAACUGAAAGACGAGCUGGUUAUUCUGGGUCUGUCGAGCGAUGUGCGGGUGACUGCACGCAGAGUCGAGAAGACUCCGUAAAAUAACCUUCAUAUACAGAAGCAAAUUAAAACCAGUUUUAGUCUCUGACACCAGAUUGUCUUGCUGUUGUGCUCUCGACUUUCUAUGUUUCACAAACAUGUAACGUUCAUGUUUAAAUGUAAGAGUAAAAAAUUUUGAUCACUAUUUCUGUAAAUAUUUCUUCCUGACAACUUUUUACUUUUUUCCUACUGUAUGUACCCUAGUUAAUAAAUUUGUCAAUUAUUUCACAA